CACACACACACACAAACAUGAACAGAAACACAAGGAAGAUAAAACACUGGAAAAACAGGCCUUCUGCCUGGAUCAUAACAAAUUCAGGUCUGACAGGAUUACAUGAAUGCAAAUGCCUGAACAAGGGGAUCGGCAAAUUUUAGGUUUUUAGAUAGAUGGAAAGAUAAGAUAUAUUAAGUCAGCCAUGUACUACUAUGACUACUAUGACUACUGUACUGUACUAUUAUAUUUAUUUAUUAUAUUUAUUUUCUCAUGAAUCAAAAUGUAAACACAUAACCAUUUCACAAAACAUGUAAGCACUUUUUUCAACGUAAAACAAAAUGUUGCCACAUGAUUGUAAGAAUGCAACCUGUGAAGGUGGGGCUAGUUUUAUUUGUUAAACUAUAAAAGUCAUCAAAACCAAAGUGAAACUCAACACCUUGAACAAAGUUCAGUAUCAUGAUGGCCCAAAGCGACCUGUACAUGUAUUAUCAUGGCGUUCAUCUUCCAAAACUCGGUUACAAUGCGGAGAGUUUGAACUAUUUUGAGUCCUUCCAGGUUCAAGAUGAUGAUGUUUUUGUAAUUACAUAUCCCAAAUCUGGUACAACAUGGAUGCAGGAAAUACUUCCUCUGGUGCUGAGUGGAGGAGAUCUUACUCCCGUGCUUACCCUUCAAAGCUAUGAGAGAGUUCCAUGGCUUGAGGAAGGACGUGCUGCUCAAGUUGUAGCCAAGCUGAGUGCUCCACGGCCGUUUAUAUCUCAUAUGCCUUAUCACCUGAUGCCAGCCACCUUCUUCUCUUCUAAGGCUAAGGUCAUUUAUGUUACAAGAAACCCAAAAGAUGUUGUGGUUUCCCAUUUUUAUUUCCAGCAAAUGGCCAGCUUUCUGCAUGAUCCAGGAACCUUUGAAGAAUUUACUGAUGGCUUCCUAGCAGGGAAUGUGAUAUUUGGAAAGUGGACCGACCAUGUGAAGAGCUGGAAAAACCCAGAUUUAGGAAACAGAAUUCUCUACAUCACGUAUGAGGAGAUGAUUCAGGAUCUUCGUGGCAUCAUCAGACGCAUUUUAUGCUUCCUUAAUCGGCAGCUGAGUGAAGAUGCUCUGAAACGUGUGAUUGAACAGUGUCAGUUCAAAACCAUGAAGCAAAACAAAAUGUCCAAUUACUCAAUGGUGGCACCGGAAAUAAUGAACAGCAGCAAGUCACCAUUCCUUAGAAAAGGAAUUGUUGGUGAUUGGAAGAAUCACUUCAGCCCUGAGUUGGAGGCCAAAUUUAAUGCGUUCAUUUCUGAAGAACUGAAGGGAACUAACAUUACAUUUCCCUGGAAUGAGGAACACAAAUGAAAUCCAACUUAUUACACAAAAGAAUUAAAAUCAACCUAAUAUCAACCUAAGUGGAAUUCUUUGUAGUCCUAGUAAUAAUAUAACCUUUUAUAAGGUUUCUCCAGGAGGGUGAGGAGCGGCUGCCGUCAUUUUUGGCUCCCUUCAGCACGCGGGCGGCAGUCGUGCUAGGAGUGUACAGUGGUUUUUGUGUGCGGGCUGGAGGCUGUAAUAGCUGUAAUAGAGACCCAUCGGGGCAAUAAUCACACUGCCCAAUGCUUGGGGGAGGAGCAGAGGAGAGGACAGUUAAUGACAGGUUGCCAGAUUGUGCUGG